AUCUGCCUCACUUACUAACUAGAGCUUCACUCACGCUAAAUUUGCUCCAGUCAUUAAACUGAAGCACACAAUAAUUUGACUUGCCUUCUCUAUAAGGAACUCUUAAUGAUGCUAGCCUGCUUUGGCACCGUGGAAUCGCAGGGUAGAGUGUCACCGAAAAGUCACCAGAAAGAAAUCUUUUAGACUGAGAUUUGGAUUGUAGUGUGUAUUGAAUUUUCUUUCCAUUAUCAAAUAAUUGCAAACAACUGGAUGUUUUGGGAUACAGCAACUCAGCUGUUUGUAGAUUAUGGGUACAACUGCCAGUACAGCACAGCAGACAGUCUCCGUAGCACACCCAUUUGAAAGUGUCCAUGGCAAUGAGAUGGCAGACAACAGGCGGUCAAUGAGCAUUAACUCCUUUCAAACAGUCAACAUUCACAACAACAAGGCCAAGUCCAUUAUUACCAAUAAGGUGGCACCGGUAGUCAUUACGUAUAACUGUAGAGAAGAGUUUCAGAUUCACGAUGAUCUCCUUAAAACAAAUUACACUGUCGGACGAAUUUCAGACACCAUGCCUGAACACUACCUCGUACAGGGCAAAUAUUUUAUGGUGCAGGACGUGUACAGUAAAGCAGAUGUCUUGAACACUAUAGGCAGUUAUGGUGCACCAAACUUCAGGCAGGCCAAGGGAAACUAUCCUUUGUUUGGAAUGGGGCAGCCUAGCCUUAGUGGCUUCAAGCAAGUCCUUCAGAGACUGCAGACACAUGGUUACAAGGACGUGAUCUUCUUCUGUGUGCGCGAGGAACCUGUUGUGUUUUUACAUUUGGAAAAUGAUUUUAUACCGUACACACCGAGGAGAAAAGAAAACCUCCAUGAAAACCUCCAUGGUUUGGGGAAAGAUGUUAAAGUGGAAAACUUGGAAUUGACAAUCAGAAAGGAGCUUUAUGACUUUGCUCAACUCAAUGAAAACGUGUACUAUGUCUACAAUGACAUUGAACACUUCAAGAAUGAACCUCAGCACAUCACCAUCAGCUGUGAAGAGGACAUUCAUGUCACUGAAGAAGUUUACAAGAGACCUGUCUUUACAAUGCCUUCAUAUAGGUAUCAUCGAUUGCCAUUGCCUACUGAAGGCGCACCACUGGAGGGGCAGUUUGAUACCUUUGUUAAUAUACUCAGGGAGAGCCCAAAUUUGCUGCUUUCUCGAGACACAUCAAAACCUCUUCCUGCCCUCGUCUUCAGCUGCCAAGUCGGAGUGGGCAGGACAAACCUAGGCAUGAUUCUUGGUACCCUUGUGAUGUAUCACCAAAAAGGAGCUCCAGAGAAGCAAAAACUCGCUGAGAAUGCCAGCACACUGCCAAAGGCACAUUUCCAGAUUAUCCAGAAUUUUAUCAACUUGGUGCCAAAAGGUCAGCAAAUUCUUGAAGAGGUGGACAGUGCUAUAACGCUCUGCUCAGAGAUGCAUGACAUUAAAGAAGCAAUCUAUGAGGAGAAGAAGAAGCUUGAGGGGAUCGGGGAGGAUUAUCGGGUCCAGGGAAGCAGCACCAAAGAAUAUUUUCUCCAGAGAACAUUGCAGAGCCUGGAGCGCUAUUUUUACCUUAUUGCUUUCAAUUACUAUCUUCAUGAACAGUAUCCUCUGGCUUUUGCACUGAACUUCAGUAAAUGGAUGUGCAGUCACCCAUGGAUUUACAGGCUGCUUGCUAGCAUGAAUUUAUCAGAGUUAUCUGUGCCAGUGGAUCUAGUAACCAAGGGAACAAGGGUGCUGGUAUCUGAUGAAUACUUGGCUCCAGAUGUUCUUAGUACAGUCAAAGAGAUGAAGGUAGCCAAUUUUAGAAGAGUCCCCAAAAUGUCAGUCUAUGGAAUGGCACAGCCCAAUUCUGAGGCGACUGGCUUUGUCGUGGGCUACUUGACAGAUGAGAAGAGGAAGCACUCGCACAUCUUGUGGGUGAAUCUACAGGAGGAGGUGGUGUUGGAAGGCAAUGGGCAGGUGUACACCCCCCGGGAGCCAGGCUGUUUGGAACAACAGAUCAUUGGGCCAGCCUCAUCACAGGACCAGAUUGAGGAACUUGAAACUGCUACCAAAGAGGAAAUCUUAAAAUCCCAAAAAUGGCUGGAAGUGAGUUUGGAGCAGGAAAAGCAGAUGAAAAUGUUUAAGACGUGCUUAACAGUGCAGGAGAUCUUCAACCAGCACAAGACCUCCUGUCAGGGACUCGUAUACCGACGCAUCCCUGUUUCAGACUGCUGUGCUCCAAGGGAACAGGACUUUGACAGGCUGAUGGAAGCCAUGAAGGCGACCCUAGCAGAGGACUCUCGAGCUGCUUUUGUAUUCAACUGUCACAACGGCAAAGGGAGGACCACAACAGCAAUGGUCAUUGCUGCUCUCACUCUGUGGCACUUUAAUGGUUUCCCUGAGAUGAAUGAUGACGAGAUAGUGAGUGUUCCCUAUGCCAAAUACACAAAAGGAGAGUUUGAGGUUGUGAUGCAGUUAGUUAGACUCCUGCCCGAGGGGCACAGAAUGAAGAAGGAGGUAGACGCGGCCUUGGAUGCUGUGAGCGAGACCAUGACCCCCAUGCAUUAUCACUUGAGAGAGAUCAUUAUCUACACCUACAGACAGAUUAAAACUGCCAAGUGUGAGAAAGAAAUGCAGCUGUUGCAGCUGCAAAGCCUGCAGUACCUGGAGCGCUAUGUUUACCUCAUCCUCUUCAACACUUACUUACAUUUGGAGAAGAAAGACUCCUGGCAACGACCUUUCAGCAUCUGGAUGUAUGAGGUGGCAACCAGAGCUGGGGUUUAUGAGAUUCUGAACGAGCUGGGGUUCUCGGAGUUUGAAAACCCAAAGGACACACAACCUGCCAGGCUGCGAUACCGCUGGCAACAGCAGAACCUCCACACACUUCCUUUCCGAGGGGAGUUCAUUUAAGAAAGGAUCACUGUGAACUGCCAAAAAUAUCUCACUAAUUGCAUAGUCUGCCUUCAUACAUUUUUUUUUAACUCCUAAAACAUUUUCUAUCCCCAGCGCCCCCAAAACCACGAAACUGCCUUUUAUACUGUUUUUUUUUGUUGUUUUUUUUAAACUGAUGGUUAAAGAAUUGUAAUACAAAAAAACUCUAUAUUAUGUGUUCAGUAACAGCGUUGGUUUAUAACAGCAAUAAUGCUAAAGGUGAAAAGCUUGGUGUUUCAAUAUUUAGAUUCAGCCAAGGCAAGGGUGCAUCAAUAGAUACAGAUACUGUGAUAGAAGGAAGACACACCUCAAAGGUUUCAACCCUUGGAUUACUCAAACGGGUACUGCAAUGGAAGUCAUAUAUCCAUUCAUGUAGAUAGAUGUUUAUAAUAAUUAUCGGAACACAACACAUCAAUUGUAAAUCAUGCAAGACUCAGCAGCCUUUGGUUCUAUCCUUUAUAGAAGGUCUGCUAUAUUACAGUAGAACGCCCUGCAAUUAUGAUAUUGGCCAUUUUAUUAAACACUGCUCUCUGUUCACCACACUCACGCUAUAUUUAAAGACUUUGAUAAAGCCUGUUUUAGUGAUUUGAAAUUAUUCUCAACUGUUUUUUUUUUUUUUUUAAGGAAUUCAAAGACACUUUAAAUCUUAUAGACCAUUAAAUAAACACGUAUAUACUAAUAAAUAAUCAUUAAAUAAAGCAUGCUAAGGUUUUGUAAAUCAGGACCCCUGUUUUAGACUGUUAACUGAUAGUAGAUUUGAGCUGUACUCUCCUAAUAAGGCCAUCACUUUCCAAAUAUAGCAUAUAGUAAGUAGUUCUCAGUUCUGGUUUAAAGUGAAACAUCUUAAAGUGGUUGAUAACAAAAACAAAACAAUGAAAACAAAACAAUGUCACAGAGUUCAAGACACACAAUACACUUUCAAUAUGCAUUAAGCUGUACAGAAAGCAGGCAUAGCCAAUUGAAAAAAUGCUUCAUCCUUGCUCCUAAAGGUAAAAAAAAAAUAUAUUUUUUAAUGAAUCUGUAAUAUGAAUUUGCCUAUGCAAACUCUCAGUGUGAAAUGCAUUUUUAAUUCUUUUCAUGUACAAUUUUUAAUGUGGAAUUUGUUAGAUGAAAACGGUAUAUAGGUAUGCUAACAGUAAGUUGUGGUUGACCUUAGAAGUCAGCCUAUCGGUUCAUUAUAAGAUUUUUUUUGUUUGUUUGUUUGUUUGUUUAGGGUUCCUGUAUAUCAGUUUGUAAGCUUUAAAGAUAAAACUAAUGUAAUUAUAUAUUUUAAAGCAAGCAUGUUUAAAUAAUUCUUAGUAUAGUUAUUAAAAGUACAGGGUAUUUAACAGCAGGUAUUGAAUGCCUUAACAACUCGAAAUGUGUUUUCUUACUGGCAGUGCAAUAAGCUUGUAUGCAUGAGAAAUAAUGAUCUUGAUAGUUUAAUAUGUGAAUAUUUUACAAACUUCCUAUGUUCCAUUGCCAGGUUAAAUGUUUGCCAAAUAUAAUUUGUGUUAUUAAAAAAAGAUCCGUAUUUGGUUAAUUAGUGGGGCUGUAGUUUCAAGAGAAUAGCUUUAAAGCUUGGCCUUAAUUACUGUAUACUGUACAUAAAAGAUAUGGUGUUUGGUAUCAUUGACUUUGCAACUGUCUUUCCACUGUGUGUAUAUACUGUACACAACUACUGUGCAGCAGUCCAUCUAAAAAUUGUGAGACAUUGGACCCGUGGCAGAUAGCAAUCCUUUAUUGACCUGUGCUAUAAACCUCUAUACUGUACUCUUGGUUCAAGAUAUUUCAAGGAGAACUCCUUUUAGGGUUCCUAACAUCCACAAUUCAUCAACAAUCUGAAGGGAUUGAUAAAGCAUAUUUUUCUUCCUAUGAAGAAGUGUCUUCCAUCUAGUAACCUGCAUUUCUUUCUACUCAUUCCAUGAGCCUUUUGACUCCUUUGGAACUACCAACAACCAUUUAGUAUAGUGUCUAUCUAUUUGUGUAUUUUGUCUUUACUAUUCAUACUCAAAACACUUAUUAUUUAACUUAGUACAAUUAUGCAUAUUCCUAAAAGUGUUGAUUUUUUAUUUAUUUUUUUUAACAUCAUGUGAACAACCUCUUACACUGCUCAAAAAGGAAGCCAUAGGUUUGUCAUUCCCUUUCUUCUGGAAUAACAGCAUAACUGAAAACAAUAUUUGUAUUAUAAUUUGACAAAAAGGUAUGAUUACGCAUGUUAGUUUCCAGCAAUAUAUACUUUUGUAUUCAGGUUUUUUUUUUUUUUUUUUUUUUUUUUAAUCAAAUUGAACAGGUGUCAAAGUGUUGAACUCGUCUUCACUUUUAGUGGUCACACACUAGUACGAAAUGCCUUUCGGAAAACUCACAUUUAAUGUUUCUUUCAUUGUUGUUCCAGAUGGCAGGUAUUAUUUUUUUUUUGCUAUGAUUAAAUUAUGAUUGAACUGGCAAGUGCUUAGUCUAAGAUGCACACAGUGAAAUCUGUAUAUUCCAGUGGUGUUCAUGGAAUUCUGGUUAGCUACAGUCUAAAAUGCUUGAUGCCACUACAAAUUUAACUAGAACCUAGCUGUUCAUAUCUUGCUCCUUGUUAGAAUGAUAUAUUUAAGUGUAUUACAGAGGUGUUUUAAUUAUACUGAACCAAGCACUUAUACAUUUUAACAAAAGCCAUAUAUUUUUGUCAUGAUGCUACAGUACAUUGCUUGUACAUUAUGCUCCAUUUUUUUUUAUGAAUGAAAGUAACAGCACAGUGUGAAGGUCUGAUACUUGCUGUUUUCCUACCUUUUGGUCUACAUGACAUAGUGGUCGUGCUAUGCAGUGUUAAUAAUAAGCUAUUACUGAUAUAGCCUGCUUGAAAUUGGAUCACUGUAUUGCCUCAAACAGUGCCUUAUUUUUGCUAUUGCUUAAGAGAACAAUGUUUUUACUGUUUGAAGAUAACGUGACAUUUUUACGUGGCUUGUUUUUCCAUUGUAAUUUUUUUUUCUUAGUCACAUUUCAUUUUGUAUGUAUUAAAUUGUUUAAAAUGUAUACAGUGAUGUUACAGUUUGAUAUAUUUUCAGACAGAGAGAGAGAGAGAGAUCAUGGUUUAUAAAAUGAACAGAGCAUCCUAACAGCACACAGACACAGCCCUGUAAGCUGCACAACCUCAACCACUCUACAGAUAGGCUCAAAACAGCACUAUAUUUAGAAAAGUAGCUGCACAAUCGAAAUUGAAAAUAGUAAAUCUGAAAAACAACAAAAACAUAAAUUCAAAGAAAAAUGGUUUGAUAAAGACUGGAAAAAUAUCAGGGACAUUUUCUUCCCUAAAUUCUGCAGUUCUGUCCCAGAAUUCCCAUACAUGCCCAACACACAGAGGCUGUCAGUACUGCUGGGGAAGGACAUACACACAGCCAUUUUGGCUAACCACUAUGUAGAGACCUUAUCAUAGCCUGAGGGACACACAGUGAACACGUCACACCACAGUCCAAUCACAGGCCUACAACUGAAUGUGAGGGAGAGGGAAGGAUGGAGAGAGGGAAGAGGAAGGUAGAAGAGAGUGAGAAAGGGUUAGGGUAAAGGAAAUUAGAGAGGGAAAUGUUUUGGUAAUGUUUUGUAAUGUUUGUUACACUUUGGUUUGACAAAACUUGUUUAUUCUUGUCAUGCCAAUAAAGCUUAUUGAAUUUAAUUGAGAUCUAUAUAUCUGAAUACAAGAAUGUAGCACUAUUGUUAACUGCUCUCCCAUUUUAAUUUCAAGCAGUCUUCACUUGUAGGUCACCGUAUCAGUCAGAUCUGAGCUUUCCUGUUUCCGAUCAUUAGCGGUUUCCUGAUUCAUCUUUGAAAAUGGGAGCUUUUUAUCAAUGAAUGUGUAAACCACGUCACAACUGUGAAAAUAUUUAAAUCUGCCAUUGCCUGCAAUACAACCUUUUUUCUUUAUCUCAAAAAUCUGAUAAUGUUGGAUGUUGGAUGCUACAAGCUGUUUACUGUGCAAACCUAAAAGAAUGUUAUCGGUAGUCAUCCUCUCAAAUAAUAAAGGUGAUCGGAAACAAGCACUACAAGGUCAGGGUAUUCGUGCUUUUGAUAUUCACAUGAAAGUGAGAAAUUUCAUAAAGAUGUUACAAACCAAUUGUUUACAUUAAAGAACGCCUGUCAAAAUCACUUAAAGGAGUUCAGCAUGGUCUGUGGGAGACCAGCUUAGGGUAUCUUAAACCGCCUCUCUGCAGUGAUGCCAAAUCAAGACUAAUAAAUCGUGAUUUCAGACAGACUCCAGCAGUCUCUUGCUUGUCAACACCAUAUCUAUCUGUC